GCCUUUUUAACUGUGAUAUAGAUGUAUUUAACAUAUAGGCACCUAUAUAUUUUCAACACCGCGACAGACUAUAUAUACUUGGAGAACGUGGCGCAAGAAGUUAAAUAGCCACUUUAAAACUGAUGGUCUAUCUUUCUUUCUUAACAGCAUCAUCUUGCUCGUCUCGUCUGAUCUGACCAAGGCGGUAUUACUCACAGCGAAGUUCAGACUUGGAAUAUAUCACGAGGCUGUGGCUUUAUAAGGGCAUUUACAUAAGCCAGUCCGAAAAUAUAACCAGCAGGUCAAGUCUAUACGGUUAUUUGAUCUGACUUAACUUAUCGACCUCGCUAACAUGGGCAGCCGGAAACUAACGACGGACAAGAUGUGGCGCUCCUUUCCCAUCCCACACAUCGUACGAUAAGUUAUCAUCAGCCAUCAUACGAUGAUGUCAGUCGUCUGUGCCAGUUCUAACUUGAUAGUCCUAACCUACUCGAAUACCUAAUGCAAUAAAAAUGGCCCAUCAAUCAAUGGUCUACUCCUAAAGUUAAUUUCAUCUGAACAUGCCCAUACGAGUAAGACGAAGCGGCUGUUGUAUACUGUUUAUCUAUUUCCUCAUAGGCUUUCUCUCCGCCAUCUUAUGCAUGGUCUUCUUUCGAUCUAAUCCCGGCCUUGUUUUAAACAGACUAUCUAACUCCUUAUUCGCGACGAUGCCGGCCACGGCAGGGAGGCCCGUGAUCGUCGUUGGCUCUGGCCUUGCGGGGCUGUCCGCUGCUCAUGAAGCGCUUCGGGCGGGUGCCACUGUCCGCUUGCUUGACCGCGCACCUAAGCCGGGCGGGAAUAGUAUCAAGGCCUCAUCAGGUAUCAACGGCGCAGGUACAAGGUUCCAGCGAAACCUGAAUAUUCUCAAAGACGACAGUUUCUACGCAGAUACAGUGCGUUCUGCUGGGAGCCGGUUUGCCGAGAACAACCCUCCGGGCAUAGAUCGUAAAGCUUUAGUCGAGAUACUAACUGGGCAGUCCGAGAAUGCAGUGAACUGGCUUGCGGACGAAUUGAAGGUCGAUUUGAGUGUCGUGGCGCAGCUUGGGGGCCACUCAGUCCCGAGAACUCACCGUGGUGGCGGAGAACUGCCCCCGGGUGCAGCCAUCGUUUCCGCGCUGUUAAAUAAAAUGAAGGCCAACCCCGACUUCACAUUAGAGAACUCCGCAGAAGUGGACGAAUUUCUCACUGAAGAUAGUGGCGCCGUUAAGGGAGUGAGCUAUCAUACGUCCGACGGCCAGACACACAAGCUUGAAGGCCCAGUUGUCUUCGCAGUGGGCGGAUUUGCCGGUGAUGCACACGGCCUGUUAGCCAAAUAUCGUCCCGACCUAGCGGGCAUGCCGUCCACAAACGAGGAACGGCCCGCCUCGCAUAGUUUGCUCUCCGCAAUCGGAGCCGCACUUGUGGACAUGGACAGCGUACAGAUUCACCCAACAGGCUUCGUUCCCCCAAAGGGCGGCAGCAUUUCGUACAGUGUGGUCCCCGUUAAGAAUGAUGAUCCUUCUCACGAGCCCUCGGACCCUAAACCUACUGGCACAUCACAACUAUUCCUAGCCGCCGAAGCUCUUCGAGGCGAAGGCGGUAUUCUACUCUCUAGUUAUGGAGAACGAUUCGUUAACGAGCUCGAUACCCGUGACGCCGUUAGCAGUGCAAUCAUGGCUCUUCCGCAAUCAACGGACAAGUCAAUGAGACGCUGGGACGUAAUUCUUCUUCUAGAUCCAGGGGCAUGCGAGGCUGUAGCAUCACACAUUAAGUUUUACCUGUGGAAGGGCCUGGUACGGAAAAUCAAAGUCAAAGACCUCGCUCCGGAGAUCAUCACGUCGAUAGACAAGUACGCAACCAUGGUCUCAAAACAUGAAGAGGAUCCAUUUGGGAGGAAGUCCUUUGGACAUUGGAAAUUGCCCCCUGGUGAAGCUAAUCGCGAGGAAGAGGUAUGCGUCGGGAUGGUGACGCCUGUGGUUCACUUCACGAUGGGUGGAGUAGCAUUCGAUACGAAAGCCAGAGUUCUCCGGUUGGCAGACGAAGGCAAGCCAAAACCAAUACCGGGGAUCUGGGCCGCGGGCGAGAUUACUGGGGGCAUACACGGAGCUAAUAGGCUUGGUGGCUCAUCACUGCUCGAGUGUGCCGUAUUUGGCAGGAUUGCAGGAACUGAAGCUGCGCGGAGUUUAAAAAAUCAAUUUUCUUUAUAACGAAUCACGAAAUCAAAGAAAACUACCUCUAGUUACCCCUCUUAAGUUUUUAAGAUGGUAAAGCAAGUUGGAGCAAUAUUUGGUGUACCCUCUCAGCCAAAUAAGGCUCUAGUCUUUGAUGAGGAUUUAGGUAAUUCAAGUUUAUAGUUACUUACCUAGGUAGAUAGGUACCUAAGGCAGAUCACUUCCGUACAAUUGCGUGAACGCCGCUUAAAGGUUGCAAAUAAUAUUUCUCUACGUUGCCAAAAU